AACGAACUGGUUUCUUGUUUGAACUAACAAAAAGGAAUAAGUUUUAAAAAAGGUAAUUAUAAAUCAAGUAAAAGAUCUGAUUAUAAAUCUGAAAUUAUAUCAUCGUUUCACUCUGUAUAAAAUGUGUUUGUGUCUUACAUUCUAAAGUAUGGAAAAUUGACAUAGCGCGAUUCAUGUUAAAAUGCAUGUCAUUGGGGUUGAUUUUGGUGACAAUUGACUCUCUAUAAGUUUUCAGUAAGAAAGCAGCAUUUCAUUAGAACAAAUGCUGGGUAGCUAGAAAGCAAACGCCAAAAAAAUAUUGUGUGUGUCCCUUUAACGCCUUCAUAUGAUAUGACUUUUUAAACUCCCAAAAUUGCAUCCUGUUUGGCGUGAAAGUCGAGAUUGAGAUAACACGGGAUAAACUUGAAGUUUGUGAAAGCCACCCUUUAAGUACAAGUAUAUAUAUAGAGUUUGAAUUAUGUUCAAUCACGGAACUCGAAUUAGACUGUCGCACUUGUGUGUUGUGUCAUCGGAAGUCGUAUCCCGUUUGCUGUUUCUCUUAGACAAAGCGGCAAAAGGAGUCAUGUUCAUGACAUCACUCUAGUUAUACAUUUCAAGAGGACAAUUUAUUAAAAAACCAACGGAUAUUGAGGUGAAAACACUUUUCUUAUCAUCAUGAAGUCAUUGGAUUGUUACAGUGAAAUUUUUAAGGACCGUUAUCCCCAAAACUUGUCCGUAGAAAUCAUAAACGCCGAACUGGUACAUAGAAAUAUGCUUGGGGUCGUUUUUCUAGUGAUUCUAUUAGUAAUCGGCGUCUUUGGAAAUGUAGUGGUUAUAAUUUUGUACAGUGCAAAGUUUAAGCGAGGAACCAACUACCGAUUCUACGUCCUAUUCCUGGCAGUCUUGGACACCGGUAACUGUGUCCUUGGGAUACCUUGGGUUAUUGUGUAUCUGUUACAUCCGGUAACGUUUCCGUCUGAUAUUCUCUGUCGUGGGGGCCUGUUUGUGACAUUCACCUUAGGUAUGACCGGAUCUUGUAGUCUGAGCCUCAUCGCUUUUGACAGAUACCGCAAGAUAUGUUGUCCAUUAAAGAAACAACUUAACCAUAAAAAUGCUAAAUACAGCGCUUUUGCAAUCGUGGCGGCUGUUCUCCUUGCGUCGUGGUGUGUUCCGUUUUUGUAUGAAAACAACCAAUUGCAUUUGUCCUCUAGCAACGAAACAGGUUACAAAUGCUACUUAGCAACGAAUUCCAUCGCCAAUAGAAUUGCAAAAGGUUACUACUUCAUCCUUGGUUCAGCUUUUAUCAUGGUCAGCAUAUUUUUAACAGUUUCGUAUUACUUCAUAAUGAAAAAAGUGAGGUUUCACUCUAAAAGUUUCCAGUUGCCGAAAACAUCUCACAGUAGUUGUAUCGGUCGGCGGAACUCAAAUAUACACACGAGGAAAACGACCAUCACUUUUUUCAUAAUUACAACGGUUUUUAUUUUGACAACCUUGCCUCAUAUCAUCACCGGUCUUGUGUUUCAUUUUGACGAGGAUCUCGAGUGUACAAUGAACUCUACGGCUCAUAGCCUAUUCAAUUUCUUUUAUUGGACCGUAUAUAUUAACAAUGUUGCAAACCCUUUCAUCUACGGACUGUCUGAUGAGCGGUUCCGUGGAAUUCUAUGGAGAAUGUUUACCUUUAUUUUUCUUUCGCCAUUUAAGACUGUAAAGAAAAGCUUGCCGUCUGCAGCGUCGUCUUCCGAUUUCGUGGAUGAGAAAAAUGCAGUCUCUAUAAGCGUGGUGUCUGAAAACUAUGCAAGCAAGGAGACAAUAAGCGCUGUUUCUGGAAACAGUGAAAAAAAGAGUACAAAAACUGAUAUUGGCCAGACUUAAAAUAAGAAAAUAGACCUACAACAAAACAGAUA